GGUGGAAGUGGUGGUACAGUGUCUAUAGUAGUGGUGAUAUGGUGAUGUAGCAAUGCCAGCAGUGGUGGUGUGGUAGAAAUGGCAGUGGUGGUGAGGUGUGGUAUGGUGUGGUGUGGUGGUAACGGUGGACUGGGGCAUGUAUCGAUCCCGCCUCCCUCAGCUCACUGGAGGAGGCGGAGGAGGAGGAGGAGGAGGAGGAGGAGGAGGAAGAGGGGGAAGGAGAGGAGCCGGUGUGUGUAGGGCUGUCGGCCGCUCGGUGCCUCAGACGGUGGAAACACACAGGACGGCGCGUACCUUGCCCGCCCUUACUAUAAGAUCAUGCGCGCUGCUUUCUACCGCGCGCCAACCACCACCACCACCACCACCUCCAUCAACACCACCACCACCACCUCCACCACCACUACACCAGCCCCCUGACCCGCCCACAGCCCCAUAGCCGCAAUACCAAGCCCCCCAGCAGCUACGAUCUCGGCCCCUCGUCUCCCUUCCCCCGCGGCUCUGGAGAAUGUGAGGGGAUGGGCUAUGGGCGUCACCGUAUCAUUGCCGACAAGUUUAACAAGGAAUAUGCAACUGUCUUGAGGUUGAUGAAGAUGGACGAGUAGGUCUCCGGCAGUAUCGCUCACCAACACCACCUCCACCACACCACCACACCACCACCACUCCCAGUCCUCCACUCCACCCACUCCACCUCCUCCUCCAUUCCAUCCCUACCCCCACCUCCUCCUCCUCCUCUCCAUAUCCCCUUCCCCCCUUACCUAUCCCUGCCUCCCCCUCCCUCCUCCUAUUCCUCCUCUCAUUGUAGUUAGCAAGUUAUACUCAUUAUUGUUGUUGUUGUUAUCAUCGUAGCUUCUUGGCAUUCAUCAUUCCCCCUCCCCCCUUCUCCCCCUUUCUACCCCCUGCCCAGUGCCUCCCCUACCCACCCCUGUCGGCCACUGGUGUGUGAUCAGAACAAAACAAAUAUAAACAGGAACUAACUAAGUGUUUUCUAAAGAACAACGUGAAAGACAAUCGGUGAAGGUGUUUAGCGAUCACGUGAUACUCGCUUUUACCUACCUAUCCCAUCCUACCUGCCCACCACCCACCUGCCCUUACCCACCCGCCCACCUGUGACAUUGAUCCACCUAUAGCCACCCACCUACCUUACCUUACCUGCCCCAUAUCCACUUAAGGGUUUUCAUUGUAGUAUUAUUAUUGUUUGAAGUCCUAUUCCUUGUCCUGUAUCCUUGCACAGUGCUACCCUUUUAUCAUCACCACUAUCACCACCGCCAUCAUCACCACCAUCACCACCACUACCACCACCGCCGCCGUCUCCAUCAUAGCGGUGCGGGGCUGAAUCACUACCACUAACCACCACUACCACCACUACCUUCACCACCACCACUACCACCACCACUACCACAUCACCGAUUACGAUAGUUGACUGUGGUGUUUUUAUAUAACUCGUCGCCACUACCACCACCACCACCACCACGACUACUACUACUACUGCAACUGCUACUACCACUACUACCACCACUACUACUACUGCUACAAUCGCCUCCGCCUAAGCCGCCACCACCAACGCCUACUACUACCACUACUACUACCACUACUACUACUGCUACUACUACUACGUUGGUGUACUGCAAGCCUUAGAAUGAAAAGGGACUAUUUUAUCGUCUCGUUGUGAUUAAAAGUGGUGGAGCUGCGGUAGGUGUGUGGGAGCAGCUAAGACCACCUUCGAGUAUCAAACACACCAGCUUCUUCAUCACCAGCAGUACCAGCCGAUUGAGCAGCAGCAGCAGCAGUAUCAGCAGCGGACAGCAGACGCCGAGACAGUAGAAGCAGCAGGAAGCCAGCCAGUUCGGGCGGUCAUGCACUGGUCCUCGUUAUAGACCAUGAGUGAAGAAUCCGAGAGCUUGAAUGAAGAGGAACGAAGUGUGUUUCGCCCGUUCACACAGGAAAGUCUCGCUGCCAUAGAAGCUCGCAUCGCCGAGGAAAAUGCUAAGAAGAAUGAACUACAAAAGAAGAAGGAGGAGGGGGAGGGUGGUGGAAUGAAAUUUGGCAGAAAGAAGAAAGAAAGAGGCAAGAAAGCAAGAAGUGGAGGAGGAGGAGGAGGUGGAGGGGAAUCCGGAGAGCCUGUGUACAAUGAUGACGACGACGAUGAAGGGCCGCAGGCGGAUCCCAACCUGGAGCAGGGUAUGCCGCUGCCCAACCGCCUCCAGAGUUCCUUCCCCGAGGACCUGGUGGGCGUCCCGCUGGAGGAUAUUGACCAGUACUACCACAACCAGAAGACGACCGUGGUCAUUAGCAAAGGCAAGGACAUCUUCAGAUUCAGCGCCACUGAUGCCAUGUGGAUACUGAGUCCCUUCAACCCAGUUCGUCGCACCGCCAUCUUCAUUCUUAUCCACCCGCUCUUCAACUUCUUCAUUAUCUGCACCAUCCUGGCCAACUGUGUACUUAUGAUCAUGCCCACCAGCGAGGCCAUCGAGUCGUCAGAAGUGGUGUUCACGGCCAUCUACACCUUCGAGUCCGGCGUCAAGGUGAUGGCAAGAGGGUUCAUCCUAGAAAAGUUCACCUAUCUAAGGGACGCGUGGAACUGGCUCGACUUCACGGUCAUAUCAUUGGCGUACGUGACCAUGGGUAUCGACCUCGGGAACUUGGCGGCCCUCAGGACCUUCAGGGUACUCCGAGCCCUCAAGACGGUGGCCAUCGUGCCAGGCCUCAAGACCAUCGUGGGCGCCGUGAUCGAGUCCGUCAAGAACCUCCGCGAUGUGAUCAUCCUGACGGUGUUCUCGCUGUCGGUGUUCGCGCUGCUCGGCCUUCAGAUCUACAUGGGCGUCCUCACCCAGAAGUGCGUCAGGAAGUUCGACUUUACGAAAGAAAACUGGACCUUGGAGGAUGUUGAAGACUUUUACAAAAAUGAGUCCAAUUGGUAUAAGGAGGAAGGCGUGCAGGAUAGUCCCUUAUGCGGCAACAGUAGUGGUGCCGGCGCGUGUCCUGCUGACUACAUCUGCCGCCAAGGUUAUGGACCGAACCCGAACUACGAUUACACCAACUUCGAUUCCUUCGGCUGGGCGUUUCUCUCCGCCUUCAGACUCAUGACUCAGGACUACUGGGAGAACCUCUACCAGCUGGUGUUGAGAUCGGCGGGUCCGUGGCACAUUAUAUUCUUCGUGGUGAUCAUCUUCCUCGGCUCCUACUACCUGGUGAACCUGAUCUUGGCUAUCGUCGCCAUGUCGUACGAUCAACUCCAGAAGAAGGCCGAGGAGGAGGAGGAAGCCGCGUUAGCAGAAGAGGAGGAAAUGAAGGCAAGGGAAGAGAAGGAGCUCGCCGCCACACAGUUAGCUCUCGACAUGGCGGCGGGGCAGGAAGCGGAGGACCCCGGGGGCUCUAUGGUCAACUCGCCUUCGGUCUACUCCGGUGAUACCUACGAGCACUUUAUGAGCGGCGACCAUGAUGACACCAUGAAGGACGCGAGCAUCAGGAGCGAGGAACACGACUCACGGGGACGACCGAACGGGAAGCGGAAGGCGAGCAUCAGCCUGCCGGGGUCGCCGUACAACCCCCGGCGAGAGUCCCGCGGCAGCCACCAGUGGCGCACCACCAACGGCCGCCGCUUCGGGGACCGCAAGCCCCUCGUGCUGUCCACCUACAGGGACGCCGUGGAGCACCUGCCCUACGCCGACGACUCCAACGCCGUGACGCCCAUGAGCGAGGAGAACGGCGCCAUCAUCGUGCCUGUGUACACCACGCUGGGCUCGCGGCACAACUCCUACAACUCCCACACCUCCCGCAUCUCCUACACCUCCCACGGGGACCUGCUCAACGGCAAGCCGCCCGCCACCAAGGCCUCCCAGCUGCGGAACAGAUCCCCCCGCAAUAUGAACACCUCCCUCCCGCCCGAGCUGGACAAUAACAUGCUCCAGAUGCUCCCGCUGAGGCCGGAGGGCGAGGCAUUGCGCAGGAAGGAGGACGAGGUGAUAGAUAACAUCAUUCGUGAGAUCUUUGGGCCUGAUAUCACCCUUGAGUAUAUCGACAAGGACGCUUCCGCCCAGGCUACUCCACUCGCGAGGUCCAAAGAAAACGUUGUCGAGGACUCCGAUGACAUGCUGGCGAUGAAGCUGAAGAACCCGGACGCCAACCCCUUCAUCGACCCGUUCCAGAAGAAGACCACCGUGGACAUGCGAGACGUGCGGGUGCUGCAGGACAUCAUUGAACAGGCAGCGGCGAACGCGGGGCGGAUGAGCAGAGGCAGCGAUCACGGGGUCUCUAUCUUUGUGUUCUCUGCAGAAGAGGAGGAAGAGUCCUUUAAGGAAAAGAUCAAGAAAAAGCUAUUAGAGUAUUUGCUGAAAUGCAUUGACUUGUUCUGUGUGUGGGACUGUUGCUGGGCUUGGAAAAAGUUUGCGGAGUUGGUUGAGUUGCUGGUGUUCGACCCCUUCGUGGAGCUGUUCAUCACGCUCUGCAUCGUCGUCAACACGCUCUUCAUGGCCAUGGACCACUACGGCAUGAACUGCAGCUUCGAGUACUUCCUCAGGAUGGGAAACUAUUUCUUCACGGCGACGUUCAGCAUCGAGUGUUUCCUCAAGAUCAUCGCCAUGAGCCCCAAGUACUACCUGCAGGAGGGCUGGAACAUCUUCGACUUCAUCAUCGUGUUUCUCUCCCUCCUUGAACUGGGUCUUGCUAACGUCUCCGGUCUCUCCGUCCUCCGAUCUUUCAGGCUGCUCCGAGUGUUCAAGCUGGCGAAGUCUUGGCCAACCCUCAACCUGCUCAUAUCUAUCAUGGGCAAAACGGUGGGCGCCCUGGGUAACCUGACCUUCGUGUUGUGCAUCAUUAUCUUCAUCUUCGCCGUCAUGGGCAUGCAACUCUUCGGGAAAAACUAUACAGAAAACGUCUCGAAGUUCCCGAUGAAUCCCGACGGCCAGUUACCUCGCUGGAACUUCACCGACUUCAUGCACUCGUUCAUGAUCGUGUUCCGCGUGCUGUGCGGCGAGUGGAUCGAGAGUAUGUGGGACUGCAUGCUGGUGUGCGGCUACUCCUGCAUCCCCUUCUUCAUGGCCACCGUCAUCAUCGGGAACUUGGUGGUCCUGAAUCUGUUCCUCGCUCUCCUACUGAGCAGCUUCGGCGCGUCCAACCUCUCGGCGCCGCCCUCAGAUGGCGACACCAACAAGCUGGCGGAGGCGUUUGACCGCAUCGCCCGCUUCAAGGCGUGGGUGAAGCGCUCGGUGCUCAACGGCCUCAAGAACCUGCGCGCGAAGCUGACCAACCAAAUUAGCGACCAGACACCAGUGUUGAUGCGGCGUGUUCCAGACGGCCGGGACCUGGACGGGGAGGACAUACUGAUGGACGGGCAGACGGCCAACAAGAAGCUGCCCAAGGAUCAGACGCAGGUGGAGAUACCCAUGGACGGCCUCGAUUUGCCAGACGGGAAGAUCAACAACACGGUCAUCACCAACAACAAGUGCAUCGGCAACUCGAUAUCGAUGGACAACCGCGAAAUCAUCGAGAAUGACUACGGGAACAACAAGAAGGCGAAGCGGCUGGAGGAGGACACGCUCAGCAACAACUCGCUGGACUCCCACAAGAAGCGCAAACUGAAGAGCGACAGCGGGAGCCACAAGGGGUCGACGGAGAACGUGGACGACGGCGAGGAGAAGAGAGAUGCGAGUAAGGAGGACUUCGACGAUGGUAUGCGUCUUGAUGAUCACGGCGGUAGCGACGACGACGGGGACGAGGAGGAGGACGAGGGGCAGGUGUUGCCUAUCAUGGACACGGGAAGCGACGCGAUCAUUGACUACCCUUCGGACUGUUUCAAGGAGGCCUGCUAUGCGAAGUGCCCCUGGUGUUCGGGCGACCCCGACUCCCCAUUCUGGCAAGGCUGGGGUCAUCUCCGCCUCAAGACCUACCAGCUGAUCGAGAACAAGUACUUCGAGACCGCCGUUAUUACCAUGAUCCUGCUGUCCUCGCUGGCCCUGGCUGCCGAGGACGUCAACCUGAAGGGGCGGCCGGCGCUACAGGACAUCCUCUACUACAUGGACCGCAUCUUCACCGUCAUCUUCUUCAUCGAGAUGCUGAUCAAGUGGGUGGCCCUCGGGUUCGCCAAAUACUUCACGAACGCCUGGUGCUGGCUCGACUUCCUGAUUGUGAUGGUGUCGCUGAUCAACCUGGUGGCGACGCUGGCCGGCGCCGGGAAAAUCCAAGCCUUCAAGACCAUGAGGACCCUGCGUGCCCUGAGGCCGCUCCGAGCCCUCUCCAGGAUGCAGGGGAUGAGGGUGGUGGUGAACGCCCUGGUCGGUGCCAUUCCCUCCAUCGUGAACGUGCUCCUGGUGUGUCUCAUCUUCUGGCUCAUCUUCGCCAUCAUGGGAGUCCAGCUCUUCAGCGGCAAGUACCACAAGUGCAUUGACGAUGAAGGCAACAAGCUAAGCGCCGAGAUCGUGCCGGACAUGACGCAGUGUAAAAACAUGAACUACUCGUGGGUCAACAGCGAGGUGCACUUCGACCACGUGGGAAUGGCAUACCUGGCGCUCUUCCAGGUCGCCACGUGGAAGGGAUGGAUCCAAAUUAUGAACGACGCCAUCGACUCUACACAGGUGGGGGGAGGGGGGAGAGGGAGGGGGGAGGAGGAUGUGUGUGUAGUGAGGUCAGGGUGUGGAUUUGAGUGUGAUUGUGUGUGUGUGUGUGUGCGUGUAAGAAUCUGAGAAGAGGAGGAGGAG